AUGGCAGAUUUUGACAUGCUGGGGGUAGGAGAAAAUGUUGAAAUUGAAGAAAUUGAUUGGGAAACCCUUCAUCAAAUCUUUGAUUGGGAACUUGAUGUAUCAACAUCUAGAAAGGAAUCUGAGGAAGAGAUGAAAAUGGUUUUAAAUCCUAUAAAAACAGAGGAAACCAUGCUAAGAGACCCAGACUCAGACUGCAGGAAAAAAAGAUUCAAAACUGUUAAUGAAACAGAGCUUCAAGAAUUGAAAGAAAGAAGGCAGUCAAAAGCUACAAAGUUUAAUACAAAGUGGGGAAUAAAUUUGUUUCAAGAAUGGAGUGUUGAAGCUUUGGGACUGCCAACUGAUAUCCAUAAUAUUUCCCCUACUGAGCUGAAUAAUAGACUUGAAAAAUUUUAUGCAGAGGCUACACCUAAACCCAAUGAAAAAAGGUCACAAUAUAUGACAAAAGAACAAUCAACAGAAUACCACAGUAAUACAUACAAGAGCAUAAGAUCAGCAAUUAAUCGCCAUGUUCACGACAUAGGACGUCAGUUUGACAUAGUGCGUGACAGAGAAUUUAGGGGUAGCAAUAAUGUCUUAGACGGAAAACUAAAAAAUAAUUUACAAGAAGGACUCUCCCGACCAACAAAGCACAAGGCUGUUAUUCCUAAAAAUGAUCUUGAUAAAAUUUCAGCAUACCUUUAUGGAGAUUCAACUUCUGUGUCUUUAAGAUUCCGCAUCUGGUUUUUAAUCGCCAUUCAGUUUGUCAGCAGGGGACUCGAGUUUCACGAGCAACUAAAGGUCAACUUAUUUGAGUUUCACUUCGAUGAAAAUGGACACGAAUACGCUGUUUUGUCUCAUGACACUAAGCAAAAAAAAACUGGCAAGGGGGCAUAG